AAUAAUAUAACGAAUUUUAAGUGUACAUAAUUUUGAUCUAUUAAAAUUUUUUUUCAUAAUUUAGUUCAAAUUUGAAUGAUGUAGUUGUUUAAAACUAAACUUUGCUGUUGUUAAAUUUCAAAUUUAAAAAUUGUGUCUAUUUGAAUUAUAAUGUCAAAAAGAGGAAAAUACGGCCAGUGGUCUGAACAGGAUCUACAAUUAGCAGUUGCUGCCUACAGAAAUGGGGAUUAUGGUUUGAACAAAUGUGCACAAAUAUACAAUGUUCCCAAAGCUACUCUUAAGAGACAUGCAGAUGGUAAAAAUGCUCAUGUCAAUCUUGCCAAAUCAUUUGGGAGACCAGCAGUAUUUGAUGGUAAUAUGGAACAACAAUUGGUAAAUCAUCUUUUACAUUUAGAGUCGUUAUUUUUUGGUUUCACAAUAACGGAUAUAAGAAAAUUAGCUUUUGACAUUGCUGAAAAAUUUUCACUGACUCAUAAUUUUAAUAAAGAAAAAAAAACUGCUGGAAAAAAAUGGUUUUAUGGGUUUAUGAAACGUAAUCCACAACUAUGUUUAAGACAGCCUGAAGCAACAUCUAUGGCCAGAGCUAAAGGUUUUAAUAAAACAAAUGUUAUGGAUUUUUUUGAUAUCCUAGAAAAAAUAGUUGAUGAAAAUAAAAUAAAUGCAAGCAAAAUUUACAAUGUCGAUGAAUCAGGUUUUACUACUGUACAAAAAAAAACUCAAAAAGUUAUAUCAUUAAAAGGUAAACGGCAAGUAGGAGCCUUAACUAGUGGGGAAAGAGGAGUUAAUACUACCAUUGUAUGCUGUGUUAAUGCAUCUGGUUUCUAUGUGCCACCGAUGAUUAUAUUUAAGAGGAAACGAAAAUGCCCAGAGUUAGAAAUAGGUGCUCCAUCUGGUAGUGUUAUUGAAAUUUCAGACUCUGGUUAUAUUAACUCUGAACUUUUUUUAACUUGGUUAAAGCAUUUUCAUUUCCAUGUUAAAUCAAAUAAAGAAAAUCCAGUUGUAAUACUUCUAGAUGGACAUACCACACAUAGCAAAAAUUUAGAGGCUUUGAUAUUUUCUAAAGAAAAUGGAAUAAUCUUGCUUCAGUUACCUGGACAUACUACCCAUCGCCUUCAACCAUUAGACGUUGCUUUUUUCAAGCCCUUAGGGUUAUACUAUAUUCAAGCUCAAGAAAAAUGGCUGCGUCAAAAUUAUGGUAGAACAAUAUCACAAUUUCAUGUGUCAAGUUUACUUAAGGAAGCAUACGGUCGAGCAGCUACAGUCGGUAUUGCAGAAAAUGCUUUUCGAAAUUCAGGAAUCUGGCCUGUCAAUAGACAUAUAUUUCAGGACCAUCAAUUUAUUGUUUCCGACUCUUUAAAUAGAUGCCCUACUCCGGAACCAGAAACUGUGAUUGAUAAUGUUGAAAACCUAGAAAAUUAUAUUACUGUCAAUAAUGAGAAUAAUGAUAAAACUAAAGAUGCACUUGAUGAAGCAAUCACAAAUGAUGAUGAGCAAAAUAAUAAUUUAUUUUCAAAGGUUCUUUUAGAGGUUUCUCCUAUACCCAAAACUCAGCGGUAUACAAAAUCAAAAAGAAGUGGAAGGGGUGCUAAAAAAGCUGUACAUUUCCCCAUAGCUGCAAUCCGUAUGUCCAAAUGGGUUUUAAUAAGGUUUUAUACAAGAGAAAUUUGA